AUGUCUCUGCCACUUCAUUUACGAUCAUACCGCGAGAAAUCAAAGGAUGAGCUCUCUCGUGAUUUCUUCAAUGCACCUUCGCAAUCAUCUUUACCGGGACCCUCAGAUCCUCCAUCAGUGGUAAAACUGAGAGAGAGACCUUAUAAGAAUGGUCAAGAAGAAUUACAAGGAAUGGAUAUCAAUGCUGUUAUAUCAGUGGAAGGUAAAGAGGAGGUAUACGCCGGUCGAUUGAGUCUACUGCCACCUUUUCUAUGUUUUAUAAGCUUAGAUAGGAAAAGCUGCAGAUGUACUAUCCCUCUAUACACAAUCAGAAGAGUCGAAAGACUCAACUCCAGAGCUGGUGUAUUCGCUUUGUCUCUUGCAACAUGGCAUGGUAUGAGAAUUAUCCUUCAACUUACUUCGCUCUUACCUACGGCUGAACAUUUCGCUAUUCUCUUGAGGGAUGCAUUGAAAUCGCAACUGUCUGCAAUGAAACAAUUAAAACCAUUCUUACCAUCAAUGUAUUCAGAAUACCUAUUAUCCUCACCUGUAUCAACGGCAGCCGGCGUGCAAUCAACCUCAGAUCAUCUAUUAUUAGGUACGGAGCUGGGUGAAAAACAGACAACGACGGCAGUAGCACAUGAUGGUGAAGGAGAUUUAAGAGGUCCAGGUGGAGAAGGAAAGGGUAUAUAUCAAAGAGGUUUGGGUGAACACUUUGGUUUUCCAGGUGAUGCUAGAAAAAUGAGAGAAAGAAGUAAAAUGAAGUUAUGGAGAGAAUAUUUCAUGAUUCAUGGCAGAAAUUUAACUUUACUGCGUUAUCCACCUUUUCAAAGAUUACUUCAGGUUGGUUUACCCUCGAGACUGAGAGGUGAAUUAUGGGAAGUGAUGUCUGGAUCAGUUUAUCUUCGAUUCUCGAAUCCCGAGACGUAUGGUCUUCUUCUUUCACAAAACGCAGGAAAGCAAUCUCAAUCGACGGAUGAGAUUGAGAAAGAUUUGAAUAGAUCUUUACCGGAAUACAAAGCUUAUCAAGCUGAGGAGGGUCUGGCUAGAUUAAGAAGAGUUCUAGUAGCUUACAGUUUCAGGAAUCCGGAACUCGGAUAUUGUCAAGCCUUGAACAUUGUGGUCGCCGGCCUACUGAUCUAUAUGUCAGAAGAACAGGCGUUCUGGUUAUUGGAAGUUCUCUGUGACCGGAUUUUGCCAGGUUAUUAUAGUCCAUCGAUGGAAGGUACUCUUCUGGACCAAAGAGUGUUCGAAUCACUAGUACAUCGAUGUUUACCUAUGAUUCAGGAACACUUCGUCUCGGUUGACGUGCAGAUAUCAGUUGCCUCUUUACCCUGGUUUCUGAGUUUGUACAUCAAUUCCAUGCCACUCAUUUUCGCAUUCAGAAUAGUGGAUUGUGUCUUAGCUAUGGGUGUGAAGGUGCUAUUCCAAAUCGGUCUCGCCGUUCUCAAGAUAAAUGGAGAGGCCCUACUCGAGGUCACCGAUGAUGGAAUGUUCAUCAACCUUAUGAGGUCAUACUUCGCCACUAUUGGUGAUUCAGCACAUCCUGAUCAUCCUGAUCCACGAGUACGAGCAAUCACGAAUUUCCAAGAGUUACUAGUUGUCGCAUUCCGAGAAUUCAACGUAAUUACAGAUGACACAAUAACGGCCGAACGAAGAAGACUUCGAGCGAUCAUAUCUGAUGAAAUCGAAAAAUUCUCCAAGAGAGCUGCAGUAAGAAACCUGAAGAAUAUAGGCAGAUUUAACAAAGAGCAAAUCGGCAUUAUAUACGAUCAUUAUUUCUCUGCCAUAUGCUCACCUGAAGCUGGACCUUCAACAUACACGGGGAACGCUUUACCUGGAGAUCAGUUCGAUCAACCACGAAUACAAGUUGAUGCUCAAGGUCGAGUAGAAACUAGAAUAGAUCAUAGAACUUUUAGAGUUUUCUUAUCUCAGUUGGCCACUUGGGCAAGAGAAGAAACUGUUACUACAAACGCAUUCAUACAAAGAACGGAUAGGAGAGUAGCGGAUCAUGAAUUGAUUGAUAGAUUAUUCUUCGCUUGGGAUUCACAGAAUCAAGGAACUUUAUCGUUACAAGAUGUCGUACUUGGUUUAGAUAGGGUAAUGACGGCUGGAUUGAUGGAAUCGAUAGAAUGGUUCUUUGAAUUGCAUGAUAAAGAUAAGGAUGGGUAUUUGACGAAAGAUGAGGUCAUACAAUUAUCGGAAUCACUUCUUUUCAUCUUCCGAAAUGAGCCUGGAGACAUAUAUCUUGCUGCUGUAUCGAAGUUUAUCCUCAAUGCUUAUGACUUUGGCGAUGCUACUGCUCCUGAGGGAAGCGUGGAUGAAAAGGUACCCAUUAAUGGAGAUAAAGAGACUGCUUCCGGAGCAAGGGAGAGGUCAAAUUCGUCUGCUGGACCGCAUAAUUUGCCAUAUCUCAACCUCGCUACAUUCCGAAUGGUCGUUCUAGCCGACGAAUUGCUUGAGAACUUCUUUGCCAGUGAUUUGACCGCUUCCUUCCAAUUGGAGCAGACUGGAGACGAGGAUUAUCACCAAGCACACCAAAGGUCAGAAGGUCUUUUAGGCGGACUGAUGAACCUUGUAGUGACGAACGAAAACAAGAAUCGUCUGAACCGACUUGCAGAUGGAUUCGGAGCAGCAUUAGGCAAACAUGCUGAAUGGCGUAAACCAUCCUUAUCCAAGACAUCCGAUCAAACAAUAUCACCAUCACAAUCAACAGAUUUACGUGCGCGAGAAUCUUUGUUGACACCUGCUCAGCAAGCUGGACAAUUCCAGAGACAAAGAUCACACUCGGCGGUAUCUACGACAUCGACUAAGACUGUCGAUUCAACCGAGACCGCAACACCUGAUGAAAAGAGAUCGCUCGCACAAGUAGAAGCUAGGUAUAGGGAAGAAAGCGAAAUGGUAAAAGCUGCGCAAGAAGCAGUGAUGCACAGACCAAAUUUCGCUAUUGAUGCAAUUGGUGACAGUGAUGAUGAAGGUGAACCAGAAGGCGAUGACGAAGGUGUCAUGGAUGAGGUCGAAGCAUUCCUCAAAGCUCAUGGAGCAGAUGAUGAAGGACUCAAAGGUGAACAAAAGAAAGUUGCAAAUGACCUGCUCACGGCUGAACCGAUGGGAAAAAAAAAGCCCACGGGUGAUUUAGUUGAUCUGUAA